UUAAAAACUUUUAGUGCAUGCGUGUAAUAAUAGAUAUUAGAUUUAUUAAAAAAAAUUAUUGUCAAAAAAAAAGAUGGAAGCAAAUUGGACAUUAUUCCCGCGUAUCGGUCUGCGGUCUCCAAACUUAACCAACACCACAGUAAGUCUUCAAGAGAGUUUCGAAAUCGAUCUUGAAGAUACCAACUGGAUUUUAACUUCCUCAUUUAUUAUAUUCACAAUGCAGACUGGUUUUGGUAUGUUGGAAUCAGGAUGUGUUUCUAUCAAAAACGAAGCUAACAUUAUGAUGAAGAAUUUGGCAGACAUCUCACUCGGCGGUUUAACUUAUUGGAUCUUCGGGUACGGGUUAUCUUUUGGCCAAGGUUCGUGGUCGAACCCGUUCGUAGGAGUUGGUGACUUCCUGCUCGAUCCUCCAGUCGGCGAUGCGCUAAUGGGCCCGGUGUUCGCGUCAUUUCUCUUCCAGUUAUCUUUCGCAACUACUGCCACUACGAUUGUCAGCGGUGCUAUGGCUGAAAGGUGCAACUUCAAAGCGUACUGCGUGUUCUCACUGCUAAACACGAUUGUAUACUGCGUGCCUGCUGGCUGGGUGUGGGGCGAGCACGGCUUCCUUAACAAGCUGGGUGCAGUCGACAUCGCUGGCUCUGGGCCAGUGCACCUUAUUGGAGGAUCAUCAGCAUUCGCAUCUGCUCUGAUGUUAGGACCACGGCUAGGCCGCUACGCGCGAGGCACUGCGCCUCUACCAAUGGGCAACCCAGUCAACGCUGUUAUGGGCACAUUCGUUCUCUGGUGGGGCUGGCUUGCUUUUAAUUCUGGAAGCACUUAUGGGGUAAGCGGGGCGAAGUGGCAAUACGCAGCUAGAGCAGCGGUUAUGACGAUGAUGGGAUCUUUUGGAGGCGGAUGCUUCGGGAUAUUUUACACAAUGAUCAAGAACAAAGGGAGAGCAGAAGUUAUGGAAAUGAUCAACAGUGUAUUGGGCGCUCUGGUUUCUGUCACCGCGGGAUGUUUCCUGUACCGCGCGUGGGAGUCCCUAGUGAUAGGUAUGAUAGGUGCGGCCAUCGCCACCGGCAGCGCCAUACUGUUCGACAAGAUGCACGUUGAUGACCCCGUCAGUGCUUCCGCGGUGCACGGUGCAUGUGGAUUCUGGGGAGUGUUGGCUGUUGGACUCUUUGCUGAUAACCCUAUUCCCAUGGAAACGACCAAUGGCAGAUCUGGUUUAUUUAAAGGGGGCGGUUGGUACCUGCUGGGCGUGCAGUCGCUGACGGCGCUGUGCCUGGCCGCGUGGGGCGCGCUGGUGACGCUCGCGCUACUGUGGCUCAUCGACCGCGCGCUGCCCAUCCGCAUGGACCCGUACAAUGAGCUGCUCGGCGCUGACCUCACCGAGCACAGGAUACGACAUGGACAGGUGGGAGUUUCCCGAGCUGUGUCAGCAUUACGACCAUUCCAUAGAUCCAACAGUAUAGAGGAAGUCGGCGGCAUUGGUGUCAACACUGGCCACAGUCUGAUUGUAGAUAAAUUACAAGAGGCAAAAAAGAAAAAUAAAACCAGUCCAGAGCCCACCUUACAAAACUACACGAACAAUGCAUUUGAGGAAGAUAAUAUCGGACAAUAUAAAAGUAAUGGAUUUUUAAACAAACGACCUGGCAACCCUGAGAACGACCUUCACCGCGCUCUAGACUCUAUGGCGCACGAGAUAAGCGACGCGAAACCUAAAAAAGGAAACGAAAAGAAAGGUCAAAAGGAAACUAAAGUCAUACGAUUAAUACCAGAAGAUAUAAAAGGUAAAAAGUUCAAGGAUCUGUCAGUAACCGAACUUGAAGAAUUGGGUGAAAUUAACGCGAGUCAAGAUCGAUUUAGAUAUCGAUAUACGGAAGAUGAUUAUCGAGAUGAUGUAUCAAGAAGUAAUACGGCUAACGUCGAUAUUAAAUGGAUAAAUUAAAUGAUAAAUGUAUCCAAUGUAUCCUAAGUUAAUUAAUUUAUAAGAAUUGUUUAAAUAUAACUAAUGAUACAUCUACAUGCCUUAUCUGUAUGUGUUGCCAUAUGUACUAUUCACCAAUAUUCAGGAAUAUUUGCAGUGCACACUUGGCCAGUACAGUUAGACAGUUGUGAUGUCUACAUGGCCAAUAGAUUGA